CGGCCCGUCCGCAUUUCAAUUACAACGCGUUUGCAUUGUCGCUACGGUAAAUAAUACCAAUUGCAAAUAAAUUAAAUAUACAUACACACACACUAAUACAUAGCAUCAUAUGCACAAUAAAAUAGCAACAAAUAAUGUGCGAGUAAAAGCACUUCAGUAGCAAGUGGAUUAACUAGUCAAAACAGGUGUGCAAUUAAAACAACAACAAAAACAUUUAAUUUUUUUAUUUUAAAUAAAUUCAACAAACACGUGUAUGUGUUUGCAUGACUUUCAAGUGGACAGUGCAAAUUGUCAAAUCAAGUGAGAGAAGUGCCGUCGUUAAAGUUCAACAAUAUGUUACAACACCAACAACAAUCACAGGUGUCGCAAGGAUACUACGAUUACAAUCAGUCUAGUCCGACAAAUUUCACAAAUUCGGAUUCUUUGAAUACAACACCGUUUUCAGUUAAGGAUAUACUGAAUUUGGUGAAUCAGAACGAGAGCUAUGAGGUGUUUGGUACGCUGGAGAGUCCCAUGCAUAGCGAUUCGACACCGGCAUCUUGCGUGAACGAUUACGACACGCAAAGUUAUCAGGAAACUCCAGUUAUGUCACAACUUCAAGUGCCCAGCAUGACGGCGGUCGGCGCAACAACAACAUCCGGCUAUCAGUAUCCUCUGCACAACCACCAUCCUCAUCAUCCGCAUGCGGCUUUCAGCGAUUACGCCGCGGCCCCACAUGCAGUUGCUUAUCCCCCACAUUUACACCCACACGCGCACAGCCAUCCCGCCGCACCGCAUCCUCAUGUGCCACCGCAUCCGCAUACACACACACCACAUCAUGUACCGCCGCCUUAUCAUCAACAUUAUGGCGCUGUGCAAUGGUAUAUGCCAACACCAACAACACCUGCAAUGACCAAUGGCAAUGUGAUGUGUGCUCCGAGCGGUAGUAGCAGCGUUUCGCCGAGUGCGUCCGGCGUGUACGGUGUGUCCACCACAUCACAUCCCACGGCCUACAACUACAACUAUCAACAUCCGAGCGAUGCUUAUGGUAUGAGUGGCGUGAAUGCUGCGAAUGGCAUGGAGAUCGCCAGCAGCAAAAGUGAUUACACUUCUACGCCAUAUGUGACGCCAUCGCCCACCUUGGAUCUCAAUAGUUCGACCGAGGUGGGCGAUCCACAUACCGUCACAUCUGCGAUGUCUGCAAAAUUAACGGCAUUGCCAGCGAAAGCUAGUGGGCAUGGUAAGGCGGCAGUGACGUCACAACAAUCUCUGCAAAACUUAAUGGAGGCGACAAAUAACGGCACAACAAUGCAACAGCAUUUAGCCAAUGGCGGCGCAGGAGGCUUAAAUAAUAUGAAUGCGCAUUUAAGCGCGCAAAAAAAUGUCACCGAUAAUCUGCAGAUUUCCAGCGAGUCUAUGGGAGGAAAUACCGGCGGUAGUGCGGAUUGUGGAGUUUCUAAGCGCCGAGACACCUCACAAGUCACCUCUUCGCGUUCGGAACUACGCAAGAAUGGCAAACCGCGUUGUAAACGCAAACCGCGGGUACUCUUCUCGCAAGCACAGGUACUGGAGUUGGAGUGCCGUUUUCGUAUGCAAAAGUAUCUAACAGGUGCCGAGCGAGAAGUCAUCGCCCACAAAUUGAACUUAUCGCCAACGCAAGUUAAGAUAUGGUUCCAAAAUCGCCGUUACAAGUCGAAACGCGGUGAAAUCGACGGCGACACAAUUUCGGUGAAAUUGAAAGCGGACAACAGCGCUGCGGGCGUUAUGGCGUCGGGUGGCGUAAUGUGGGGUCAACUACAAGCUAUGCAUCACUCAUAACAGGCAGAGCAAUGUCCAAGUAAAUUUAAAUUAUUUAGUGCUUAUUUUACAGUUAGGUUUUGAUUUUUCGUUAAAAAAUAAUAAUGUUGCAAUAAUUAUGAAAAUUCGGUUUACGUGAAGUACCUUGGAAACAAAUUGAAAUUAACAGUUGUAAUAGCAUAAAGGUAUUGUAAUAAUAACGGAAUAUCCGAACAUAUUGUAUUUUAAUAUAUUAUAGUUAAAUAAGUGAAUUGUAAAUAAAAUGACAAUAAUUGGCUUCGGUCGAGAAAAUACCAUAAUAAA